CUCAUUCAUUCGUUCACAAAAAAGAAAAUGUAAAAAGGGAUCGCUAGUUUCUCCAUUUUUAAUAAAAUUUGAGGCUUGUAUUAAACAUCUUAUGUCUCCAUCGGUAUAUUUUGUACUAUUGCGGUUUUCCAUGUAAUGGAGUCGCCCCCUUCCUUCUCAACACUGUCUGAAGCGCCUCUCCUAAGCGAAGAUAGUGGUCUCUUGAUUACAAGUGGUUCGUUUUCGAGUGACUCUGCGAGUGGAUGGCAUCACGUAGCAUCAGAGUUGCAAGAAAGUGACUUUGACGAAAGGUCAUUGUCCUUUUGCGAGUCUACUGAAACAUCAGAGCGUAUGUGUGGUGAUUUCUUCAACACAGUAAAAAAAGGACCUGGAAAGGUCGUACUUUCUGCUAUUGAACCACCACCAGAGUUUCAGGAUAACCCUAUUCAGACAUUUACAGAAAAAGACACUGCUGUAUGUGAGCCAAAAGCCGUUGUUAUUAUAAACAACAACAGACCUGUAGGAAAAUCAAUAUCUGCAGCAUUAGAUGUUCCUACAAGUAGUUCGCAUUUAUCGCCAAGGAAGCUAAAGCCGGAGUGUUUGUACGAGCGUCGUCAAGGGUUCAAUCAGAGGUUUGCUUCCCCUCGCCUGCUACACCUUAGCCCGUGCCGCGGCACCAGGCCUUCGUCUCGGAGCUCGCUCUCGUCGCGGCUCUCCAGCAGCCACAAUUCGCUGGUUACCCAGUUUCAAGCCGACGACUCCAGUUUUAUUACUCAGGCUAUUUCUCACGAUACGCUAUCCGCUAAAACUUCCGAUAUAGCCGAUAUGUACAAUGUGCCCGUCGAUAGUGACAUCUACGCAGUUCCUGUCGACGUGGUUCAGCCUAAUAAGAGUAAUAUGAAGGGCAAAGGAAAGAAACCUCCUAAGAAUAAGAAACGUGGAAAAAGCACUUCACAAAUAACAGACUCUGAGCAACUCGAGAAAAAUCAGAAACCAAAGGAUACAAAUAAGAAUAAAGACACAAAAACGAAACGACACAGCUUGCCAAGUUCAUCUAAAAAGAAUAACAACACGGAUUCUGAUUCAGAACCGGCCCACCUCACCCUACGGGAGAUGAGGAAAUAUUUACAUACCUUGUAUGCUGCUACUCCGAGUGAAACCGAAUACCGAAACAAUCUGCACUAUAGGAGGAGCGCAGCGUACAUUGCGAGCGUUCACGCUCGACAUGCGGAAAUACAUGCUGCCGGUACCACUGCGAACACUAACAGGUUCAACACCGUCAGCACCGCUGUCUUCUUGACUGAGACAAAAGAGGUGUCCACUUCAACGGAAACUAAUAAUAAUCAUAAAAAGGGAACUAGAAAUUGUUUUGGCUUAAAUAUUAAAAAUAAAAAACAAAAAGAUAAUACAGAAGAUAAAAAUGAUAAAAAGGGAAAGAUGUCGCCUGUGAAGAUUCUGUCAAUAAAUUUGAAACAGAGUUUUUGUAACUUAUUCCGCUGGAGGAAGCAGUCGGGCGGUGUGGAGGGUGGGGAGGGUGAGGCGUCGGGCGAGUCGCUGCCAGCAGCCGUGCGCCGCGCGCUGCCGCCGCUGCCGGCGCCCGCGCUCGCUGUGCCCGCCGCGCGCCGAUUCGCUGGGGACGACGUCACAGACUUCGCUACCUCUAUUCAAAAGGUCAAAGAUUAUGGUUGGUACUGGGGCCCAUUGUCAGUCGAGGCGGCGGAGAAGAUCCUGUCCAAUGAACCUGAUGGUUCCUUCAUCGUUCGCGACAGUAGCGAUGAUCAUUACAUCUUCACGCUUACUUUUAAAUUGAAUGGACUGCGCCAUGUGAGGAUAGAGCAUGAUCAAGGAAACUUCUGUUUCGGCGGGUGCACAAUGUUCAAGGCUGCGACGAUCGUGGAGUUCAUAGAAAACGCAGUGGACACGUCGCGUAGCGGGCGCUACCUCUUCUUCCUCAACUUGCGCCCCAUGCUGGGCCCUGUGCGCGUCCAGCUGCUCUACCCUGUCUCCAGGUUCAAGCGCGUGCAAAGCUUACAACAUAUGUGCAGGUUUGUGAUAUUAAAGCAUGUGCGGCGUGACUUGAUCAAGAACCUGCCUCUGCCCAGACGGCUUCUUGACUACUUAAGCGCCACGCACUAUUAUUCCGAACACAUCUCUGAAAUGUAAUCUUCACAUUCAAAUCAAACUUCUGUCGCGGAAUAUCACUUAAAACGACAUUUAUACUACUAACCGGUUCUAGUUCUUACGAACUUCAUAUGUGUGCUGAAAUUGUCUAAAAACAAUACCAUUCUUGCAAAAUGUAGGUUGCAGUGGCGAUAUCAAUAUCGACAUGAUAGAUAUUAAGUACUUUGUAUUGAACGUGUUUUUGAAACGACCAGAUUUUCUUAUCGUUAUUUAAUAUUUCCUAAUGAACUUUGGCAUUGUUUUUUCUAAAGCGCAGUCAUUUGUGAUUAUUAUAUUGCGAUAAGAUUAAAAUAGUGCGUACCGGACUUUCGCACAUGAAUUAGUCUAAAAAUACUAUUUUUAAAUAUUGACUCGUCUUAAGAAUCGUAUUCUUGUGACUUAAUUACUCUUUAACACGACCAUGGCUGUGGAGCUAAACAGUAUUAGAAUAAUGUAAUGACUUACAUGUAUUGUAAUGAAUAUACUUAUAAGAUUUGUAAGCAAUAUAUUAAUCGUCUACAUGUAAUGUAUGUUUAUUUGCUUUGAAUUAUUCUCAUUUAUUCUUUCAAUUUGUCUUCUGUGCUGCCUGAGCUUCAUGAAUUUUGUAUAAUGUACUGUUUUAUUUUAUAUGUUUAGUGGGGUGUUGACUCUGAUGUCUGGGUCACACGCUAUAAAUCCGGCUAAUCAGUGUUAUUCUCCACAAAUCUAUAGCGGGCAGUCUAAAUUACUACUGUAUUUAAAUAAGUUAUUUUAUGGUUACUAUUUUUAUAUAAUAAAUAUCGCUCUUCGUGUCGAGCUAAGUACAAAUUUUAAGCAACCAUAGGUUUAUUAUUUGUGUAACUUAAGAGUAUAAUCUAUAGUGGCGUAGCGUGUUCCAGAGGUGCCCGGUGCCUAUUAUCAGCUGACUGCAGAGAAGUCAACGUCAGGAAAAGUUAAUGCUGCAUUUACUGUCGCGCAGUCAUUUAAUUAAAAGGCUUCCGAAGCGUUGUGCCGGAUUGAAUCUUUCCCAUCACGAUGUACCAAUAUCCACUGCUAUACAGAGUGUUAGUGACAUCGUGACGAAAACUUUGAGUGAUGAUUCAGGCCAUGAUUCUGAGUUGAUAUCAAGUGGAAUUUUUCGUCGCCAAAUUCAGUUUUAACUGAAAAUAAUUUUAAAAAGUACUAAAAUUUUCAUGACUUUUCCGACAGAAAAUUCCACUUGAUAUCGACUCAGAAUCAUGGUCUGAAUCAUCCCCUUCAGUAUUCGUUAUGAUGUCAGUAACACCCUGAAUAUUGCUCGAUGAUAGUUCUGUGAACUGCGAUUGCAUCUAAAGAACUUGUUUACCUAAGAAUGGUUAUUAUAUUAACAGUUUCGAAAAUAUAUUGUCACCGCGUCUUAUACGUCUCCGCCGCGACUUAUUUAAUCUGUUUGAUCUGUCUUACACAAUCUGUGCAAUAGCAAAACACUUACUACGUUGUACAUACUGAGUUAUCCUGUACUUUUCGAACUAUAUAAUUUAACGCAUCGACUUUUCGCGUUCCAUUGGUUGGAGUCCGCUCAAUCAAUCGGCGACAUGACUUGUGAUGAUUCUUGGAAUGUUGGCAUGUGGAUUGUUAGGUUAGUGAAUGACGUCAGCAAAGGCGUCGUUACAUUGUCAUUACAGACUCAGGUCUUGUAUUGUCGGCCUAUUCGUAGUAGACAAAACUCGAGUAUAAAACUAAUUUAUUUAAGUUGUUUCAGCAACUAAUGAGCUAUCUUUUUGCAACUAAGAUUUUAAUUUAAUCAUCUUUAUUUGGAUGUAAUUCUGUUAUAUAUUUGUAGAUAUAAUGAAAAUUAUACUUAUUUUAAUUUAUGUAAAUAUAACCCAUACUUUCUUAAGGCUCUUUGGUUAUAAUUACUGGCUUUAAUGUUUAUUUAAUUAAUGAAGAAAUGUCAAUGAUUAUUAUGAUUUGUAAAUACUUGGUAUAUUCUGAUUAAUAUCUGUAAUAAUAAUUGUUAAUUAACUUAUCCGCCACCAAAGAUAACGUAUAUUUUAUGAUUUAAUAUCUUGAACAUAAGAAUUUGAGGUACGAAGAUAAUAUAAAGAUAAUCAAGUAAAUGCAUAUUUUUACUAUAAGUUGCUCCAAGUGUAAGCUAUUAUUGAUCACGCUUCACAUUACCACCGUAACAUAACAUUAUACUAUAAGACAAACAUAUCACCAACUUAUUGUUGAAUAACCAACACGAACAUAGGGUUCAUAAUAUUGUAGACAAAACAGAAGCUAAAUCGCAUUUCGUUUCGACUUUUUGUAGUCUUUGGGAACUACUGCAAUUUACUGAUAAUAAUUAUUAUAUUAUUGCUUUGAGUAACAAUAAUUCAGAACUAGCUAUAUUGUCGAUAAUCUACAUGAAAUCCUGCGUGAUAGUCGAAGCAAUGUACGUAUUAUAGUAAAAAAAACAAUAAUAUUUUGCAUAUUACUGUAUAUCUUCUAUCCUUAUUACCUAUUGACAUAUCAAUGUAUAUUUGACAAAACUUAGUAUAGAGUCGCUGUAAGAAAUAUUUCAGGUAACGCCUUUUCUUAAACACGACAGGUAUAUUAGUGUUAAAUAAACUGGAUUUACUUUCUAGCCUUCAUCAACUGGAUUGUGUCGUUACAUAUAGAGAUAUGAAAAUCCUUGGCGGUUAUAUUGUUCAUGAGGGCUGGGAAGCGGGAGAUUUGAAUGCGCGCGUAUAAUCUCGAAUAUUACAAUCAUACAAUCCCGGAGUGUGACCGCGUCUGACUGUAUUGAGUUUGACACUUAAAGUUGGUGAAGUGCUGAUACUGCAGAUUAAGCAAGAUAAUACGUAUAGCAGCUAUGGUUCUGAGCACUUACAGCUGGAAUUGAUUUCUGUUACUGCUUAGAAGUUACAUUAUAUUGAUAUUUGCAGCAUCUGGAAGCAUUAUUAUAACGCACAUGAGUACAAAAAGCAUCUUGCCAGCGUAGCUUAAUGAUUAUGAUAUAAUUAAAUGCAUAUAGCAAGUUAGGUGUCUACAUCGGUCGAUUAUAUUAUAAUACAGAAAUAAUACUUUUACUGCUUAUUAUAAAUGGAUUGCAUAAUAAUAUGAGGUACCUGUAGUUCGUAAGGAAUAUGGCAAGUUUAUGUUCAGCCGGACGAUUUUAUAACGUAACAUUACAAUGUUUCCUUGCAAAGUUUUUGAUAAAUAACGUAACCUCAAUUUAAAAACUUUGCCAUAAGGGCUAUAAUAGUUGUUUUGUGGAUUAACCGAAUGUCACAAAAUCGAUCGGCAGGAAUAUAAUGUAUACCUAAUAACGAUAAAUUGGUGUAUUGCUACUCAUUCCGACAGAUUGGGAAACUGGACGGUUUGGUACCUAUACCUUGUAUGUUUGCAGAUACGAGUACACACUACAUUUUAUAAUAUUGUAUGGGUUUGAUAGUAGGUUCUUGUGUAUUGUAAUCAUUUUUCAUGCAUAUAUUUGUCUGAUAAGAAUCUCAAUUACUGGUUAUAGGGUGGAUGUUUUGAUACUUGGAAUUAAUUGUAGUGAGAAGUAGGUAAGGGUAUUUUAUGUUGUAUUCUAGCAGCUCCAGAUUCCAGCAGUAUUUGUUGUUGAAGAAACGCUAUAUUUAGUUGACCGUGCGCUGGUGGUUUGCAAUACUGAAGUAAGUACCUACCUAAGCAGUUGUAUCGUGUACAGUUGUAGCACUUAAAGAAUAUUUUUACAGAAGUGCACGAGACUGCUAGAAACAAGGUUUUGCUACGUGACUACUAAUAAUUAUAAAAUACGCUUUAUUAUGUAUUCUACUGACAGUUCCGUAGACAUAGUUCAAGCAUAAUCUCUCUUGAGACUUAUAGGUAUGUACUUAUGCUUAAUACCUAUAUGACAAUAAAUACUUACCUAAUAUCACGAUGUGUUCUCAGAGGAAAGCUGAAGGCUUUAAAUCGGGUCAAGUGCAUGUAGAGCAAGAAUCAGGCAUCGUGACUGGCCUACGCUUAGAUCGCUAAUCACAGGCUCGAAUACUUUUUAAUGGUUGUAAUAAUUUAGAGUAUUUUGCAAGGAAAUUGGAAUCGAAUUCUUAUUUAUAGGUGUAUGCUAUAAAGUAACUGUGAAUGAACUGUUAGGGUACUUUGAAUUUAAUGCCAUGACGCGCUUGGUUUACAAGAACGCGUCUGGAAUUUUAAUUGAUGAUAGUGUAUUUGAAGUUAUAUCCGUGGUAUGUACACAACAUUGACGGCCACAGCGCAACAGUUACCCAAGAGCCGGCGUUUUUCUAAUAAUUUCAUGCACGAUGUUAGUCAAAAAUUGUAUGUGCUUCAUUAAUGCAUUCAAUGAGUUGUAUUUAGUGUCCCCUGUCAAAACACCACUUUCCUCUUGGUUUCCUGGUUUUAGUGUUUAGGCAAUGACGACUAUUAAUAAUGAUUGAUAUGUUAAAGUUGAUUCAUUUUACUUCAGAAACAAACACCGAGAAUGAACUUUGGUAGCAAUUAUUAUAAAGGUGGAGAGACACCUUGAUGUUCUGCCAAAUAUACUCUUAAAUAUAAGGUUAAUUGUGCUUGUAGAGUGUACGGUACUAUAAGUAGGUCUAUUCUAUACUAUUUGUAAAGCUAACGCGUAAAUUGCGCGACGACUGAAUAGUAAUGUAAUUUCAGAAGGAGGGAUCUUUUUAAUACGAGCUAAUAGGUAUGUUUACAGUCAAUGAAAGUAACAGCAAAAACGCAGUCUGCUUUACAUUUUGCAGAAUUUAACGCGCGCAAACAAUCAAAUAGUUUAUUUAUAUUUAAAAAAUACAUUUAAUUUUGUAUUUACUGUAUAAGUUAUAUCAGUUAACAAGCAACACCAUUUGAACAUGCGAACAACUUGUAAACGUUCCAUUAGAUACAAAAUACAGAGAGCAUGGAGACGCUUGUUCGACUGUAGGUUCGUUGUACAAAGACCCUAUUACUGCAAUCUUAAAUUGUUCAGGAUAUAUUUUCUUCAUUUGCACGAGUUGCAACAAGACAGUAUAUAGUUUCCACUACCAUUGUUAAAGAGUCGUACAAACAAUUUAUUAUCGUGUUUAUGCUUGGUGUGUAGGCUAUCAUUAUAUGGAGGACCUCGUGCACUAUGGCUAUUACAAGUUGAAAUGAUGUUACGUAAAUAGUUUUGCAUGUAUCAUGAAAUCAUGACUAUGUUUAGAGGAGAUUCGUUUAGAAAAUGUACUGGUUAACAUAAAACUAAUUUUAUUGUUUAUGAAUAUAUUAUUGCACAUUUGUUUAACAGUACACAGGACGAGGUUGAUGUAUAUUAGUGUUUAUGUGUAUGUAAUGUACCAAUAUUUCUACCAUCAUUCUUUCAGCAACAUAUAUUGUAAUUGUGUUGAAAGAGAAGCUUUUCAAAGACCUGUGUAGAUUCGAAAAUGUGUAUCGUUUAACGUAUAUGUAUUUAUGAAAUGUAUGUAUUACAAAUCUCAGAUAGAGGUUUUUAGAACUCGUCCACUCGUCGAAUUAUAUUUGUAUAAUUAAUUACAAAACUAAGCUUGAGUGUCCCUAUGUAAGGAAAUGUAAUGUUCUCUAUUGAAUGUAGUGGCAGGAUUUAAAUUAUAUUUUAGGGAACCGGUGCCAUUUGUAUGUGAGGAGUUGGCGGAGAUGGUGGGUGACAUAAUACUUGUCGGCACUAAGGUAUUCUACCGUGUUACUACCGGUAAAUUAGCGUGUGUCGUGCUUGUUAAUACCACUAUUAACGAUUGGAAAAGUUUUGUCUCAGCCAACAUUUUUUUCUGCUCGUUCGAUCUCCUCUUUAUUCUAGAAUAAAACUUACAUAACAUAAAAAGGCCUGUAUAAGACUCAAGUGCUGGGCACAGGCCACCUCUCGAUCAACAGGAGAGGGUAUGGGCCAUACUCCCACUGCGGGUUGGUGGACGUAUUUCUUAACAUAUAACGGCUUAACGUGCUGUCCGAAGCACGGAAAGACAGUCGGGUGAUUCAAGCCUGGAAUGUCCUAGCCAAACAAAGGACAGUCUCACACAGUGAUUUUGACAAUGUCCCCAUCGAGAAUCGAACCCGAACCGUGAGUAAUUUGAAUGUUUUAUUUGGCACCGGUUCGGAACAUUGGAACAUUUUCUAAUUAUUCUCAUACAAACGAAAGGUUGUUCGUGCAUAUUUGUAAACCACUUGUAUCUAUAAGUAGUCCAAACUGCAAGUCAUUGGUUGUGCACUACCCAAUAAAUCCCCUGUUGAUUUUAAAUAGUUUUAGUUUCCAAAGCACAAAUUAGUUACUCAUUGAUAAAAUUAAGCUCAUUAUGUUUAGUCUGUAUUUAUUACUAACGUUAAUAUUAUGUAAUUAUUUGUUUAAACAAAAUUCACUUUACGGUUAUUAUCUUAAGGCGCAUGUAAUGCACUUUUGUGUAACACUUAAUAUAAGUUAGUUCAUUUUGUUUUAUAAAAAUGGGACUUGGGAAGAAUAAAUUAGGUUCCGAACUAA